AUGACGGGAGCAUCCUUUUCUACAGCUGUAUCCCCUACUCCAGCAGCAUUGCAACGUUUUGUAUUGCUAGCCAGCUCUACUACAGGGCAAGGCACUGUUAGGUUAAUUCAAGAGUUAGCUAGUAGUGAUGAUACUACCUCUCGAGGGUGGUAUACUAUAUUAGAGCUAUUUGCAUAUGGUGGCACUGUCGAGGACUAUAUGAACAGGGACACUAGGUCCUUACCAUCCCUUAGCCCACCUCAGUAUAGGAAGCUACAGCUCUUAACUCUCCGAUCAUUGGCGGCUACAAGUGACAACGGUGAUGUGCCUUACUCGGUUGUCAUCGGCGCACUACGGCUAGAGCAUGACUAUGAAGUAGAGGAGGCUGCUAUAGAGGCCAUGGACGCAGCUAUACUGGAGUGUACACUGGACCCAUUGCACGGUACAGUACAUGUGGGAUGGGUAGCUGGACGGGAUAUCCCACCAGAGUCGAUGGACGCUGUGGCAGAGACACUAGAGCGCUUCCUUGAUCAUUCCAAGGCUGUAUCCCGGAAUAUUGGCAACCCUAGUGGAACGGAUGAUGAAGUUAUCACUAAACUGGCAAAGUUAACCAAACGUUUGGAGGUUUUCAAAGGCACCAUGGACGACUACAAGCACUUCAUCGAUGAGGCCAACACUAGCAUGAAAGGAUCAGUUGUUGCUAUGAUAUACCUCCUCUCCAUCGCUCUACUUAUCUGCAUCGAUGCUGGCCCUCGGCGUAGACAGGUAACUAUAUGGACUGAUAUUGAGACCAUCAUUGUUAGUAGAGGCAGACUUAUCCCCGAUUUUAAUCGGUAA